AUGAUCGUCUCUCGCCUCGUCUCUCUCGUCCUUCGCAUUGCACAAUUCGUGUUUGCGGCCAUCGUGCUUGGUCUUACAGCGUAUUUUCUGUACCAGCGCUCUCGGCACAAUGAUGGACCAUUCGGUCGCGUCGUUUUCGCCGUUAUAUGGUCUUCUCUGUCCAUCAUCGGCGCCAUCAUAUGGGCAGUUCCAACGAGUUCUUCCAUGACUGGCUAUGUCUCUGACCUUGUCUUUACCGCCGGUUGGGCAGCUGUCUUCGGUCUUCUUGUAUUAUUACUGCUCACCGUCUCUCCCACCGCGCGGCACCAGGCCAACAAUGGAUACGCUAUGGUCAAGCGAUUUGUAGAAAUGGACUACUUUGGUGCUAGCCAAGGCCCAUUUCUACGAGCAUGGCGUCUCUUGUUGUCCAGGGACACCAUAUCUUUCGCCAAAGCCAAAUCUGCUCAUGCAAGGGUAGAAUAA